UGAAUAAAAUACGAAACUGUACUUUUCCCUUAAUUUAGUGUUUUUUUCAAGUGUAGAGAAAAAUGCAAGAGCAAGCGACGAGUUCUAUUGCCGCUAGUUCACUACCUUCAAGUAGUGAGAGAUCAUCUAGUUCAGCUUUACAUCAUGAACUCAAAGAAGGUAUGGAGAGUGAUGAUGAGAUCAGAAGAGUGCCGGAGAUGGGCGGAGAAGCGACGGGGACAACGUCAGCUUCUGGAAGAGAUGGAGUAUCGGCCGCCGGUCAAGCUCAACCAUCAGCUGGGACUCAAAGGAAGAGAGGAAGAAGCCCAGCUGACAAAGAAAACAAAAGGUUAAAAAGAUUGUUGAGAAAUAGAGUAUCAGCACAACAAGCAAGGGAGAGGAAGAAAGCAUAUUUGAUAGAUCUGGAAGCAAGGGUGAAGGAAUUGGAAACAAAGAAUGCAGAACUUGAAGAGAGGUUGUCUACUUUGCAAAAUGAGAACCAAAUGCUUAGACAUAUACUGAAGAACACAACAGCAGGUGCACAGGAAGGGAGGAAGUAGACAUAUGAUCGAUCUUAUGUCGAUAUGUCAGCAUUCUUGUUUAGAUCCUAUGUAGGCACUGAAGAGAAAUUCUCUUCUGGAUUUGAGAAUGCAUGCUAGUUUCGGGUGGAUUGUUCUGAUUUGAUGCAUUGCAUACUUGCUACUCUUAACCGUUGUCGGUUAUAUAUUAUCAGCAGAGAGUGAAGGAUUGUGGCUAAGCUAUUCUUAAAGUCACCAGCCUUUGGUAAGUUGCAUGGACUAAUCUUGGAUGAUAUAUGCUACAAUUACCUAUAACCUUUGCUAGCGUUCCCUAGUGAGUUGAAAUCUUUAUUAAAAACCAAAUCGAUGUACUGAUAAGACUCGGUGUAAAAGAAUUUGUGCAAUUGAAAACCAAUUAGGUACAUUCAAA